UCCACGGGCUGACAUGCUUGGACACUAGCGCUAGUUAACCCUUCCCUGGCUCCCUCUGUGGCACUCAGGAGGUUAAACGUGGAGGAGAGCGUACACGUUCACCGUGGGGGAGUAGCCAGGCUGGAGCAGCAGUCAGAUCAUCGUACAUUCCUGGCUUUAGUGAGCUCCCAGCAUCUGAUUAGAGGCAUACAGUUUCCAAGGGGCUGUGAGUGGCUAAACAUUGCAGGGCUAAGGAGGGGGAGCCAGGACGGGGAGCAAGCACUCACCCUCACAUCUGACAGCCACACAGCCUCACACAGCCACUCAGCUAUAGCCACAUAGCAAGAUCCCCUCUGCUGCAGCUUACUGGUGUGAACAUGCCCUCCUGCUGAGGGAAUCUUUUUGGGAGUUCCGCCAUUGCAUUUCAAUCUGAAUAUUUAAUUUUUAUUUUUAUUUUUUUAAUGAAACUGAAGUUGUGAGGCAGGCAUCCAGACAUGUCCACCGAUGUAGAAACCAGCACCACCACCACAAGUGAUGUGGUACCCCCAACAAAACAGCCAUCAAAGAAAGAGAAGAAAAAAGCUGGUCCAGAAAAAACAGAUGAAUUUCUUUUGGCUAGAUUUAAGGGAGAUGGAGUACGAUAUAAAGCCAAACUGAUUGGAAUCGAUGAUGUUCCCGAAGCAAGAGGAGACAAAAUGAGCCAGGACUCCAUGAUGAAACUAAAGGGAAUGGCUGUGGCAGCCCGUUCUCAGGGACAGCAUAAACAAAGAAUUUGGGUCAACAUUUCACUUUCUGGUAUAAAAAUCAUUGAUGAAAAGACUGGCGUAAUAGAGCACGAACAUCCAGUGAACAAAAUUUCCUUUAUUGCUCGAGAUGUGACUGAUAAUCGGGCCUUCGGAUAUGUCUGUGGAGCUGAAGGGCAGCACCAGUUCUUUGCUAUAAAAACAUCACAACAGGCAGAACCAUUAGUGGUUGACCUUAAGGAUCUCUUCCAAGUCAUCUACAACGUUAAGAAAAGGGAGGAUGAAGACAAGAAAAAGAAUGAUGAAAGCAAACAGCCUGUGGAGAACGGCACUGAUGCUUUGCUCAGCAUUAAUGAGGAAGUGGACAAGAUAAAACUGGGUGUUGACCAGAUGAAUUUGUUUGGUGACAUGUCCACUCCCCCUGACCUCAACAGUCCAUCUGAAAGUAACGAGAUCCUGUUAGUGGAUCUAAACACUGAUAUCGACACCAAUCAAAACUGUGUUAAAGGAAAUCCCUUCUUAUCAAAUGGCAUGAUCAAUGCUUUUACUUCUCUUCCGCAUCCAAAAGCACAGCCACCUUUCUCACCUGAAAAUCCAUUUUCUGCCACUCUCAGCUUUUUUCCUGUUCCUAAUCCCGAUCCCUUUCGCGAUGAUCCAUUCGCUGCUCAAGAUCAAUCAGCCUUUUCUUCUGCACAUGAUUUAAACUCUGUAAAUCAAAAAAGAGAAAAUGUAACUGUAGUAAAUGGUUCAGGAACCAACGGUGCUCUAGCAAAUGAUACUGAAUUUGGGCAGCAGUUUGACCAAAUCUCUAACCAGUCUUCUAAGCAAGAAGCAAAGACAGACCAGUGGCCGUUUAAAGCUAGCCAGUCCAUUCAGAAAACAAGGACUCCGAAUGGUGUUCUAGAACAUAGACAGAAUGGUUGCCACAGCAGCUCCAAACCAAAUCCUUUUGCCGAAAGCUCACCCAAAGGAGUGGAUCUGCAAAAUGGUAUAAAGAGGAACUCAGACAGCAGUCCCAGUCAAAAGGCAGAAUCUGUUAAUUCUGACCCUAUAACAAUUAGCCCUCCACCUCAAAGUGCCAAGCCAGGAAGAGGCAGGAGAUGUGUAAAGCCAUCAUCUGAUGAUAUAUUUGGCUCAGACCUCUUUUCAUCGAGCUCUGUGAUAAACUCUGAACCAGCUUCAUCUGUAUCCCUACCUGCCCAAACACUCUCAACAACAGUAAACCCUAUGGAUCUAUUUAAAACUCCCAGCUUCUCAGGGGUAACUGCCACUGGACCUCUUGGUACACUUCCAGUCAGUUCAUCUCAGACACAAUGGAAUCCCCGGGCUUUAGGUUUCACUCAACCGAUAGCAAACCCAGUAGUCAAUGUACAGACUGGUUUUAAUCAGCCCAGUGUUCUCACAACUCCACAACCUAUAGGAUCUUGGAAUCAACCAGCAAACUUUAUAGCACCACCACCUGUGCAAAAUCAUCCUGCACUAUGGAAUCAGCCAGUAUCAAUCCAAUCUCAUGGUUGGCCUCAACAACAAAAUACGGGCAAUCCUUUCCAAGUCAACAUGUUUCCACCAACACCACCAACUCUAUCUUCUGGAUUACUACAAUCAGGAAGUGCCAUUUCAACACCUCCUCAGCCACCACCCAGACCAGCACCUCUAAAAGAGACGCCUCAGAAAGAAAGUGAUGCUUUCACAGCUCUGGAUCCACUUGGUGAAAAAGAAAAAAAGAAUGUAAAAGACAUGUUCAAAGACUACCAACUUACAAAGCCACCUGCUGUUCCUGCCAGACGUGGAGAACAUCAUCAAAACAAUGUUGCCAGUGCAUCUGGAGCCUUUUCCAGUUACUUUAAUAGCAAAGUAGGAAUUCCCCAAGAAAAUGCAGAUCAUGACGACUUUGACAUUAAGCAGAUUUCUUCUAAAAUUAAUGCAGAACCACCAAAACCUGCCCCUCGGAAUCACACUAUGCCCGUGUCAAAACCCAUGGAAGGGUUGUUUGAAUAUCCAUUUGGAUCAGAACCUUUCAAUGCAUCAUUACAAAACUCUAAAACACAGCAUCAAAUAACUUCAUCUGAUCCAUUUGGGGAUCCAUUUGGAAAUCCAUUUGCCUAAAGUAGCUACUGUGUGUGUCUAUGAACAGAGCAAUAUUCUGGAAACUGAAGUAACCGAACAAACUCCAUGGCGACUUUCUCUUCUUUUUUUUUCGUUUUAUGUCCAUGUUAGUUAUUGAAAUAUUUGCACUGGUUCUUGAAGUGAUUCCUGCCCUACUAUUACAACAACAUAGUCAGUGGUCUUUUCGUUACCAAAAGUUGGCUUGGUUUAAUACAUAAGCUAUAUUAACACACUGUGGUGAACACGAUAUUUUGUCUGAGAUGUAAAGACAGCAUAUGCCUUCAUGUUCCCUUAUGUACAUCCUUCCUCUACAAUAUGGACUUACGAAUAUGUCUUAAGUACAGGGUGGGACAAAAUUCGGAGUAGGAUUUGACAGUAAAUAACUUAAUGUUAGUAGUUCAUUUUCUUGUUUCAGGUGGAUAUUAUAACUGACUUUUGGAAGCUUCAUCAGGGGUAAUUACACAAAGGGACAACAAAUUAACCAGAGAAAACAAGGAAUUUGAUCAUUAACUUACCAUGUCCGAUAAAGCUCAUUUACAUUGCUUCGUCAAUAGGCAACAUUGUCAUUUUUAGGCAACAAUGCAAUCGAAAGAGCCUGAAUUUGUGAGGUUGGAAAUGGAGCUCAUUUAAAAGAUGUCAUCUUCGUACCUAGUCAAACAAAUCUCCAUACAUUAAGCAUACAUUGAAUAUAAUAUCAUUGAAAUUGGUUCAUUGAUAAAAAAAAAAGUUUUUGAAUCCUCAAACCCAUACUCUGAAGUUUGGCCUUCUCUGUAUAAUAAGAUUUCAGUAAGAACUCUGAGAGUUGUUAUCAGUCCAUGAGAGUUCCACCAAAGAUGUAAGGACCCUAG